ACCAUGGCAAAAAAGGUGGCCGUAAUUGGAGCUGGGGUCAGCGGCCUGAUCUCUCUCAAAUGCUGUAUAGACGAGGGACUUGAACCUACUUGCUUUGAGAGGACUGAAGAUAUCGGAGGUCUGUGGAGAUUCAAAGAAAAUGUUGAAGAAGGUCGAGCAAGUAUCUACCAAUCUGUCAUCACCAACACCAGCAAAGAAAUGUCCUGUUUUAGUGACUUUCCAAUGCCUGAAAAUUUCCCAAAUUUCCUUCACAACUCGAAGCUUCUGGAAUACUUCAGAAUUGUUGCCAAAAAAUUUGAUCUCCUGAAAUACAUUCGGUUCCAGACAACUGUCCUCAGCGUGAAAAAACGCCCAGAUUUCUCAGCCUCUGGUCAAUGGGAGAUUGUCACUAUGAGCAACGGCAAGGAGCAAAGUGAGACCUUUGACGCAGUUAUGGUUUGCAGUGGCCACCACAUCCUACCUCACAUCCCACUGCAGUCCUUUCCAGGUAUUGACAGGUUCAAAGGCCAGUAUUUCCAUAGCCGCCAAUACAAGCACCCAGAGGGAUUUGAGGGCAAACGCAUCCUGGUGAUUGGAAUUGGAAACUCGGCCUCAGAUAUUGCAGUGGAGCUGAGUAAGAAGGCUGCUCAGGUAUUUAUCAGCACCAGACACGGGUCCUGGGUCAUGAGUCGCAUCUCUGAUGGUGGCUACCCUUGGGACAUGGUGUUCCACACCCGGUUUAGCUCCAUGCUCCGAAAUGUCCUGCCACGAAUGGUUGUGAAAUGGAUGAUGGAACAGCAGAUGAAUCAGUGGUUCAACCAUGAAAAUUAUGGUCUUGAGCCUCAAAACAAAUACCUUAUGAAAGAACCAGUACUAAAUGAUGAUCUCCCGAGUCGUCUGCUCUAUGGAGCCAUCAAGGUGAAAUCAAGAGUGAAGGAGCUCACAGAAACUUCCGCCAUCUUUGAAGAUGGAACCAUGGAGGAGAAUAUUGAUGUCAUUGUCUUUGCAACAGGAUAUACUUUCUCUUUUCCCUUCCUGGAAGAUUCGCUUGUCAAAAUAGAGAAUAAUAUGGUCUCUCUUUAUAAAUACAUGUUUCCCCCUCACCUGCAGAAGUCAACCCUGGCAUGCAUUGGCCUCAUCCAGCCCCUUGGUUCCAUUUUCCCAACUGUUGAACUUCAAGCUCGCUGGGUGACAAGAGUUUUCAAAGGUUUGUGUAUCUUACCCUCAGAAAGUAUUAUGAUGGCAGACAUUAUCAAGAGGAAUGAAAACAGAAUUGACUUGUUUGGAGGCAGCCAGAGCCAGAUUCUACAGACCAAUUACAUUGACUACUUGGAUGAGCUUGCCUCCGAGAUUGGUGCAAAGCCAGACUUCCUCUCUGUCUUGUUAAAAGAUCCUAAACUGGCCAUGAAACUUUAUUUUGGACCCUGCAACUCCUAUCAGUAUCGUCUAGUUGGCCCUGGCCAGUGGGAAGGAGCCAGGCAAGCCAUCUUCACCCAGAAACAAAGGAUAUUGAAGCCUUUAAAGACUCGUUCUCUGAAAGCUUCCUCCAGUUUCCAGAUUUCCUUCCUGUUGAAAAUCCUUGGAUUCCUUGUUGUUGUUGUGGGCUUCUUUUUCCAGCUUCAGUGGUUCUAGUCUGCCUGCAUAAAGCUUUUGG